AAAGAAAUCCUUAACACACCACUGUUGACAGUUCAUGAGGCAUCUGUGGAGGAUCUUCUCUUGACAGAGCCAGAACCAGACCAUCCUGGGAAGUGCCAAGUCACCGGAGUCGUUCUGGGGGAUGGGAGGACGGUACAUGCUGGGAGUGUUAUCCUGACCACCGGUACUUUCCUGAGGGGUAUGGUCCUCAUCGGACUGGAGACGCACCCAGCUGGGCGGCUGGGGGACCAGCCCGCCAUUGGGCUGGCUCAGACUCUGGAGAAACUGGGAUUUGCUGUGGGCAGGCUGAAGACGGGGACGCCACCCCGACUUGCCAAAGACACCAUUGACUUCAGCGGUCUGCAGGCACGUGCAGCUGACAAUCCCUCGGUGCCGUUCAGCUUCCUCAGCGAGGCUGUGUGGAUCAAGCCAGAAGAUCAGCUGUUGUGUUACCUGACUCACACUACCCUGAAAGCCCAGGAAGUUAUCCGUGAUAAUCUCCACCUGAACAACCAUGUAAGGGAGACAACAAGGGGCCCACGGUACUGUCCCUCUCUGGAAUCAAAGGUUCUGCGCUUCCCAAACCGACAACACCAGGUGUGGCUGGAGCCCGAAGGCUUGGAGUCCAAUGUCAUUUACCCCCAAGGCAUGUCGAUGACACUGCCACCUGAGCUCCAGGAGCAGGUGAUCAGAUCCGUCCCAGGCUUGGAAAAAGCCAAGAUCUUACAGCCAGGCUAUGGAGUGCAAUAUGACUAUUUAGAUCCCCGUCAACUGACUGCUUCUCUUGAGUCUCGUCUUGUUCAGCGCCUCUUCUUUGCAGGCCAGAUAAAUGGCACUACAGGCUAUGAAGAAGCUGCAGCUCAGGGCGUGAUUGCUGGGAUCAAUGCUUGCCUACGGGUUCAUGGCAAGCCCCCUUUCAUUAUCAGCCGCACCGAGGGCUACAUCGGUGUCCUGAUCGAUGACCUUACCACUCUGGGCACCAGCGAGCCAUACCGGAUGUUCACCAGCCGCGUGGAGUUCCGCAUGUCCCUCCGGCCUGACAAUGCUGAUGCCAGGCUCACCCACAGAGGUUUUGAAGAAGCUGGGUGUGUGUCACAGCAGCGAUAUGAACAUGCAGUUAGGAUGAGAGCUGCUUUAGAGGGUGGAAUUGCAACACUAAAAUCCCUUCAGUUCAGCAUAUCCAAAUGGUCCCAGUUACUACCGGAAGUUCCUAUCAGUAACAGUCGAAGGUUGCCUCUCAGUGCCUUUGACAUCCUUCGCUAUCCAGAGGCCAACAUGGAGCUUCUGGCAAGGGCUGUCCCAGAGCCCCUGGCAAAGCUUGCUCAAUGGAGACAACUGGCAGAGAGAUUGAAAAUAGAAGCUGCUUACGAGUGGUGUGUGGAAAACCAGCAGCAGGAAAUAGAAGAAGUGCGUCGUGAUGAAGCCCUCCAACUGCCUGAGGACCUAGAUUAUUUUGCCAUUGAUGCAUCUCUUUCAUUGGAGGUGCGGGAAAAACUGGACUCUAACCGUCCCCAGACGAUUGGUGCACUCAGCCGCAUCCCUGGAAUUACACCAGCUGCUAUCGUUAACCUGCUAAGGUUUGUGAAAACCAAUCACCAGAAGGCAGAGAGGCUAAAAGCUUUACCUCAGACUGGCAAAUACUUACCAGGGAAAAUGUACUCGGAAAAAGCAGCUUCGCAAAGACAGAAUUCAGCAAAGUUUUCUGAAGAGAAGCAAGAGUACCUUUGUUAA